GCGCACCGCGGAGCUGCCAGGGCGGCUGGGUGUCUGCACUCCCCGCCUUCGCUGGGCUGACACGGGAGGGGAGGAGCGGGAGCAGGAGGGGGUGCUGGGGGUGGGGGGGGGGGAGCGCGAACCAUCCCGAGCCAAGACAAGCAGCACAUUCACAAAUAACGCCCCCACCCCCAGCGCACGCGCCCCCAUUCAAAGCCGCCGGCUCCGCGGCCGCAGGGCGGCUCAGAGCACGCGCGGCGGCCCCAGCGCAGCCCUGCCCCGCAGGCGCACAUCCUGAGUCCGCCCGCCGCCGCCUAGCCCCGCAACCCGCGCGGGAGGCGGUUACCGCUUGCAGGGUGGGGUCUCGUCCGGGACUCCCCUCCCUCCCCGCUGGGGGACCAUGGCCCGGCUGGCUGCGCCCCGGUGCUCGGGGCUCCUGGCCAGCAUCCUCGGUGGCACCUGGUGCCUGCUCUGUGUCGCCGGACAGGUAUGCGGAGACCAAAGCCAAGGGGCUGUUUUCCUGCGGGAAUUUACACUGAUUCGAAGAGAGAGCCUUCAAGAAGAUUUCCUGUCUGACCUCUUGAAUAGUCACAAAACUGAAGACCCGAGCUCCAGGACCGCUCGCUCUGAGGAGGACCGGGACGGCCUGUGGGAUGCCUGGGGCCCAUGGAGCGAGUGCUCACGCACCUGCGGUGGAGGGGCCUCCUACUCGCUGAGACGCUGCCUCAGCAGCAAGAGCUGUGAGGGAAGAAAUAUCCGAUAUAGAACAUGCAGUAAUGUGGACUGCCCACCCGAAGCAGGUGAUUUCCGAGCACAGCAGUGCUCAGCUCAUAAUGAUGUCAAGCACCAUGGCCAGUUUUAUGAAUGGCUUCCUGUGUCUAAUGACCCCGACAACCCAUGUUCCCUCAAGUGCCAGGCCAAAGGAACAGCCCUGGUUGUUGAACUUGCACCUAAAGUCUUAGACGGGACUCGUUGUUACACGGAAUCUUUGGAUAUGUGCAUCAGUGGUUUGUGCCAAAUUGUUGGCUGUGAUCACCAGCUGGGAAGCACCAUCAAGGAAGAUAACUGUGGCGUCUGCAACGGAGAUGGGUCCACCUGCAGGCUGGUCCGAGGACAGUAUAAAUCCCAGCUCUCCGCAACCAAACUGGAUGACACAGUGGUUGCUAUUCCCUAUGGAAGCAGACAUAUUCGCCUUGUAUUAAAAGGACCUGAUCACUUGUAUCUGGAAACCAAAACCCUCCAGGGGGCUAAAGGUGAAAACAGUCUGAGCUCUACAGGCAUCUUUCUUGUGGACAAUUCUAGUGUGGACUUCCAGAAAUUUCCAGACAAAGAGAUACUGAGGAUGGCUGGACCACUUACAGCAGAUUUCAUUGUCAAGAUCCGCAACUCGGGGCCCUCGGACAGUACAGUCCAGUUCAUCUUCUAUCAGCCUAUCAUCCACCGAUGGAGGGAGACGGAUUUCUUUCCUUGCUCAGCAACCUGCGGAGGAGGUUACCAGCUGACAUCGGCUGAGUGUUACGAUCUUCGGAGCAACCGCGUGGUUGCUGACCAAUACUGCCACUAUUACCCAGAGAACAUCAAACCCAAGCCCAAGCUCCAGGAGUGCAACUUGGAUCCUUGUCCAGCCAGUGACGGAUACAAGCAGAUCAUGCCUUAUGACCUCUACCAUCCCCUUCCUCGGUGGGAGGCCACCCCGUGGACCGCGUGCUCCUCCUCGUGUGGGGGCGGCAUUCAGAGCCGGGCAGUUUCCUGUGUGGAGGAGGACAUCCAGGGGCAUGUCACCUCAGUGGAAGAGUGGAAAUGCAUGUACACCCCUAAGAUGCCCAUCGUGCAGCCCUGCAACAUUUUUGACUGCCCUAAAUGGCUGGCACAGGAGUGGUCUCCGUGCACAGUGACGUGUGGGCAGGGCCUCAGGUACCGUGUGGUCCUCUGCAUCGACCAUCGGGGAAUGCAUACCGGAGGCUGUAGCCCCAAAACCAAGCCCCACAUAAAAGAGGAAUGCAUCAUACCCACUCCCUGCUAUAAGCCCAAAGAAAAACUUCCGGUAGAAGCCAAGCUGCCAUGGUACAAACAAGCUCAAGAGCUCGAAGAAGGAGCCGCUGUGUCUGAAGAGCCCUCGUUCAUCCCAGAGGCCUGGUCGGCCUGCACGGUCACCUGUGGUGUGGGGACCCAGGUGCGAAUAGUCAGGUGCCAGGUGCUCCUGUCUUUCUCUCAGUCCGUGGCCGACCUGCCAGUUGACGAAUGUGAAGGGCCCAAGCCGGCAUCCCAGCGCCCCUGCUACGCAGGACCAUGCAACGGGGAGGUUCCUGAGUUUAACGCGGAAGAGACAGAUGACGUUUUUGGUGGCCUGCAGGAUUUUGACCAGCUCUACGACUGGGAGUAUGAGGGCUUCACCAAGUGCUCCGAGUCGUGUGGAGGAGGUGUCCAGGAGGCUGUGGUGAGCUGCCUGAACAAACAGACGCGGGAGCCGGCGGAUGAGAACCUGUGCGUGACCAGCCGGCGCCCCCCCCAGCUUCUGAAAUCCUGCAGUUUGGAUCCUUGCCCGGCAAGGUGGGGAAUUGGCAAGUGGAGUCCAUGCAGUCUCACCUGUGGGGUUGGCCUGCAGACCAGAGAUGUCUUCUGCUCCCACCUGCUUUCCAGAGAGAUGAAUGAAACAGUAAUCCUGGCUGAUGAGCUGUGUCGCCAGCCCAAGCCCAGCACAGUGCAAGCUUGUAACCGCUUCAACUGCCCCCCGGCCUGGUACUCUGCACAGUGGCAACUGUGUUCCAGGACCUGCGGAGGGGGCAUCCAGAAGCGCGAGGUUCUUUGCAAACAGCGCAUGGCUGAUGGCAGCUUCUUGGAGCUUCCCGAGACCUUCUGUUCAGCCCCCAAACCAGCCUCCCAGCAAGCCUGCAAGAGAGAUGACUGUCCCAGCGAGUGGCUGCUCUCUGACUGGACAGAGUGUUCCACAAGCUGCGGGGAGGGCACCCAGACGCGAAGUGCCGUUUGCCAGAAGGUGCUGAAAACCGGUGUCUCCGCUAUUGUCAAUUCCUCCCUGUGCCCGCCCCUGCCGUUCUCUUCAUCCAUCAGGCCCUGUAUGCUGGCCACCUGUGCAAGGCCCGGGCGGCCAUCCACAAAGCACAGCCCUCACAUCGUGGCAGCAAGGAAGAUAUACAUCCAGACCCGCCGGCAGAGGAAGCUGCACUUCGUCGUGGGGGGAUUCGCCUACCUGCUCCCCAAGACCGCAGUGGUGCUGCGCUGUCCCACGCGGCGCUUCCGCAAGCCCCUCAUCACCUGGGAGAAAGACGGCCAGCACCUCAUCAGCUCUGCCCACGUCACCGUGGCCCCGUUUGGGUACCUAAAGAUCCACCGCCUCAAGCCCUCUGAUGUGGGCAUCUACACCUGCUCGGCGGGACCGGCCCGGGAGCAGUUUGUGAUUAAGCUCAUUGGAGGAAACCGGAAGCUGGUGGGCCGGCCCUUGAGCCUGCGGAGCGAGGAGGAGGCCCUCGCGGUGAGGAAGUACAGCCCGAAGGAGGCCCUGCAGACCCACAAACACCAGAACGGCAUCUUCUCCAACGGCAGCAAGGCCGAGAAGCGGGGCCUCCCUGGCGAUGCUGGGAGCCGCUAUGAUGACCUGGUCUCUAGGUUGCUGGAGCAGGGAGGCUGGCCCGGAGAGCUGCUCGCCUCGUGGGAAGUCCAGGACUCCACUGAAAGGAACACGUCCUCAGAGGAGGACCAGAAUGCCGAGCAGGCCCUUCUGCACCUGCCCUUCACCAUGGUGACCGAGCAGCAGCGCCUGGAUGACAUCCUCCGGAACCUCUCCCAGCAACCCGAGGAGCUCCGCGACGUCUACAGCAAGCACCUGGUGGCCCAGCUGGCCCAGGAGAUCUUCCGCAGCCACCUCGAGCACCAGGAUGCGCUCCUCAAGCCGUCCGAGCGCAGGAUUCCGCCAGUGGCCAUCCCUCCUCAUAAACACGUGUCAGGCUUCAGCAGCUCCCUGAGGACCUCAUCCACUGGCGAGGGCGGGGGCGGCUCUCGCCGGCCACACCGCAAGCCCAUCAUCUUGCGCAAGAUCUCAGCCGCCCAGCAGCUCUCAGCCUCCGAGGUGGUCACCCACCUGGGACAGACUGUGGCCCUGGCCAGCGGGACGCUGAGUGUGCUUCUGCACUGCGAGGCCAUAGGCAACCCAAGGCCUACCAUCAGCUGGGCCAGGAACGGAGAAGAGGUUCAGUUCAGUGACAGGAUUCUUCUCCAGCCAGACGAUUCCUUACAGAUCCUGGCCCCCGUGGAAGCGGAUGUGGGUUUCUACACUUGCAAUGCCACAAAUGCCUUGGGAUAUGACUCUGUCUCCAUUGCUGUCACGUUAGCAGGAAAGCCACUAGUGAAAACAUCCCGAGGGACGGUGAUCAACACGGAGGAGCCCGCAAUCACAGUCGAUGUGGGAAGCACCAUCAAAACAGUGCAAGGCGUCAACGUGACUAUUAACUGCCAAGUUGCAGGUGUGCCUGAAGCUGAAGUCACUUGGUUCAGGAAUAAAAGCAAACUGGGCUCCCCUCCCCAACUGCACGAGGGCUCCUUGCUGCUUACAGCCGUAUCCUCCUCGGAUCAGGGCCUGUACUCCUGCAGGGCGGCAAAUCUGCACGGAGAGCUGACUGAGAACACCCAGCUACUGAUCCUAGAUCCCCCCCACGUCCCCACGCAGUUGGACGACAUCAAGGCCCUGCUUUCGGCCACUGGGCUGAACCUUCCUUCGGUGCUGACGUCUCCCCUGGGAACACAGCUGGUCCUGGAUCCUGGGAAUUCCGCCCUCCUUGGCUGCCCCAUCAAAGGCCACCCUACUCCCAACAUCACCUGGUUCCACGGUGACCAGCCAGUUACCAAUGUCACAGGACUGAUGCAUCAUAUCUUGGCAGCUGGACAGAUUCUCCAGGUUACAAAUGUUAGUGGCAGGUCUCAAGGGGAAUUCAGCUGCCUUGCUCAGAAUGAGGCAGGAAUGCUCGUGCAGAAGGCCUCUUUAGUGAUCCAAGAUUACUGGUGGUCUGUGGAUAGACUGGCGACCUGCUCGGCCUCCUGUGGUAACAGGGGGGUUCAGCAGCCCCGCCUGAGGUGUCUCCUGAAUAGCACGGAGGUCAACCCCACUCACUGCGCAGGGAAGGUGCGCCCUGCUGUGCAGCCCAUUGCCUGCAACCGGAGAGACUGCCCUUCCCGGUGGAUGGUGACCUCCUGGUCCGCCUGUACCCGCAGCUGUGGGGGAGGCGUCCAGACCCGCCGAGUGACCUGCCAGAAGCUGAAAGCCUCUGGGAUCUCCACUCCUGUGUCCAAUGACAUGUGCACACAGCUUGCCAAACGGCCAGUCGACACCCAGGCCUGUAACCAACAGCUGUGUGUGGAGUGGGCCUUCUCCAGCUGGGGCCAGUGCAAUGGGCCUUGCAUCGGGCCUCGGCUUGCCAUGCAGCACAGACAAGUCUUCUGCCAGACACGGGACGGCAUCACCUUACCGUCAGAGCAGUGCAGCGCCCUUCCGAGGCCCGUGAGCACCCAGAACUGCUGGUCAGAAGCCUGCAGCGUACACUGGAGGGUCAGCCUGUGGACCCUGUGCACGGCGACCUGCGGCAACUACGGCUUCCAGUCCCGGCGCGUGGAGUGCGUGCACGCCCGCACCAACAAGGCAGUGCCCGAGCACCUGUGCUCCUGGGGGCCCCGGCCCGCCAACUGGCAGCGUUGCAACAUCACCCCGUGUGAAAACAUGGAGUGCCGAGACACCACCAGGUACUGUGAGAAGGUCAAACAGCUGAAACUCUGCCAACUCAGCCAGUUCAAAUCUCGCUGCUGUGGAACUUGUGGCAAAGCGUGAAGACAGGGCACGGGGAGAACGCCACCCUGGCUGCACAGAGGACUCACGCAACCACCUUGGACAGAACUUAAGCUUUCUUCGUUUUCUUUAUUUAUUUCCCCCUCCCCACCACGCACACCUUCAUCCGCCUCCUCCCUUGCCCUUCCCCCCUCCCCAGACAUGAGGACCCCAGCACAGCUUCUCUCUCAGUUAGCUGGAGGGCAGAAUGAGGGGACAGGACAAGGACGGAGGUCAAAAGGAGGCUGCCGAGCAGACCAGGCCAGACGGCAGGAGCUCCCUGGCAGAACCAGCUCCCUCCCAAACCUGGGUCCCAGAGAGACCUAGGAAGAGGCCAGCGCAGCCCCUGGGGACAGCAGGGAGCUGGAGCCAACAGCAGACAGGAGAAAGAGGUGGAAGGGUAGGGUGCCAGAGGGUUUGUAAAGCAUCUGGACAACCACGGCAUCUCUCCUGGCAGGGGUGGGUUCAGGCAGGCGAGGAAGGGCAGCACCCAUGCUGAGAACCCAGCGCAGACCUCAGCCCUUCCAGCUGGGGGCACGGAGCAACGAGAACUAAAAACACAGUAGGGGUAAAGGGGCGCCCAUCUGAGCAGGCCUAAAGCACACGGCGAUGCAGAAAAUGAAGCAGGGAGGGAAGGGACAGAAGCACAAAGAAACAAACCACUGCGUGUUCCUGAGAUGGGGAGUGAAGGGGACAGGGGGAGUGAGCAGGUGGCCGCAGGAGGCUCUGAACCGCGAGCCUGCGUGCCUGGAGGACUGCUGCAGGCUCAGGGGAGGUUGCAGGGCUCAGAGCUCUGCUGCCCCCAGGAGGGCACAGCCCUGGGGCCCACGCUGCUGCAUGUAGGAGACAUGCCCUCCCUGGGGUGGAGAGGAGUCCCCGAGCUGGUGCAAUGAACUUUCUGCCCGUACCCCCAUGGCAGAGCUGGUGAGACAGCAGGGCCUAGCUGUGCAGUCAGGCCACCCCUGGCAUCUCCACAUCAAGAGUCCCCCAGCCCAGAACUAACUGCUGACGUGAGCCGGGGUGUUUUGAUCGUGAAUGGGCUGGGUUUCCUACCUAGAAGGCUUUUACUGCUCCACUUAAGGGCCAGGGACUGGGGUCAACGUGUCAAAAACCAAUCCAUUAUUCAAUUUGCCAGAGACUCCAUCAGAUCGGAGCAGCCACUUCCUUCCAGAGCUGACCAGGGCACAGGUGGACUCCCAGGCUUGUGCGGGGCAGGGGCCCAGGGCACAGUGACAGCUGUCCCUAGGGGCCUGCGACAGCUGCCCCUGCAUGCAGACAACAGGCUGGGGCGGGUCGAGGGGGCACAGCAGCAAAGCGAAAGGAUACCUAAAGCUUCCCAGAAGGUCCUCCAAGGCGUUUCAACCCCUUCCCUCCACACCGUGAAAUACUAUCAACUCCACGGGAGUUCAUACCCACUGGGUUUGCUAAUUCAGUGAGCAAAGCAGCAUACACACUCCAGUAACGCCCAUCAGCGUUGGUAGAGUGGCUGCGGCAAGGUCAAGGGGCAAGACUGAAAACCUGGGACAAUGGGGUGGACGGCUCAUUCAGCAGAGUGGUUUGGCGCGAGUAUUUUGGCCUGCCCCCCACCCCACCCCCGAGCCCAGUGGCCGCCAUGUAGUAGCAGCUGGGGCAGAGCAGGGUGGCCAGAGCCACUCACCCUUCAGAUAAGCCGCCCCCUCAAGUAGACUCGCAGAAUGCCGCUCACACGCCGGGUCCACCACUGACACCAGGGCUGCAUUUUCCAGCCAGCCUGGAACUGCAGGUUAGAGGGGGAGACAUGAUGCUCUGUGUCCUCCCCAGGUGAGCUGUGGACAGUGAAGGUAGGUCUUUCUUCCUCACCACAGUAAUGGGCUCUAAGAAAUCACGUUCCUAAAAAUCCGUGUAAUGUUUAUUUAAAAUAAAAGAGAAUGUUUUCUAUGUCUGUAUAUCUUUUGUGAAUAUUUAUUAGGAUUUCUUGUGUAAAAAAGUGCAAUAUUAAUAAAUUGUACAUUGUCUUCCAGAAAAACCAAAUAUUUGGGGGACUUCUUAUUAACUUCCUGCAGUUGUGUUCCUGUAAACUCGGUGGUGAUUAUUGUACUGUUCCUAUUUUUAAGAGAACCUGACGUUUAACUCUGGAUCCAUUCACUGUGUACGAACACACGGUAAAAGCUCGCACGGGUUGACGGGGCAGUAGAAGGGGAUUUGUUGGCGACACAAUAGCUACGCCUGGAAUUCGGAAGACAGGUUCCAUACUACUACUAACGUGGCUGAUUAUGUCUAGUCAAUAGCUGUGGAAAACCAGUGGCCGAUAUUUACACAUCCUAAAUAGCAGGGGUCCUCCAGCUCCGCCACAUGUCGGGCUGUAGCAGGUGCAGGUGGGUUUCAGAGCCAGCCUGGAGGACCUAGGUUUGGGAUGGGAAGCAGCGUGCUCCUUGCAUGAGAUGAAUGUACAUUUACUGGUUGUUCUGUGAAUUGUGACUCAGCAGCGCCAGAAGAUUAUUAGGGCUGCUGAAGAAUGUGGAAGGAGGCACGUCCUCCUCUAAAACACAAAACUGU